AUGUAUCAACUCAAGAUAGUUUUUGCUAUUUUACUAACAAUUUGUAUAAUCGAGGCCACAAGGUCCCAAACAAAUUAUUGUAGCGCUAAUCUAUGUAAAGGAGAUAAACAUGUUGCCUGUAAUAAUAAGGGAAAAUUUGCUGCAGCUUGUUCCAAAAAUGCCAAAAUUAUUCGUAUAACACCAAAAUUGCGUCAAAGAAUUGUCCACAAACACAAUUCUCUGCGAAAUCGUGUAGCUAAUGGAGGCGUUAACGGUUACAAAGGCGCCGUUCGUAUGGCUACGAUGCGUUGGAGUCCCCAAUUGGCUAAACUGGCCGAGUACAAUGUUAAGCAGUGUAAAAUGAACCAUGACAAAUGUCACAAUACAAAUAAGUUCCAUUAUGCUGGUCAAAAUGUGGCAAAAAAUUCAUGGAGUGGCCAGAAAAGAUCGGUUGGAACUGUGCUUACGGAGCAGAUUCAGUCAUGGUUUUCGGAAAAUAAAAAAUGUUCUAUGAAUGCGAUGAGGAAUUUGAAGGAUAUUUCUAGCUGUGGCCACUUUACCGCCAUGGUUCAGGAGAAAAACAUCGCUGUCGGUUGUGCAAUCUUACGUCAAACCGUAAAUGGCCAAAUUAUGCAGUUAAUGACCUGUAAUUAUGCCUAUACGAAUAUCAUUGGUAAGCCUGUCUAUAGAGAUGGUAAAACGGCCUCCAAAUGUACAACUGGCCGAAAUCCUCGGUUCAAGGCGUUAUGUUCCUUCCGAGAAAAUUAUAAACUUAAGAGUACUAAUUUUUAA